GACAACUUAUCUCGAAUUCUCUCUUUACUCGAAAUUCUUGUUUUAUCUCACGUUUUUUUUUCUCUUGAAUAUUCUGCUUAGAUUUCUCAGCUCUCAAAAAUCUCUCAUUUGAGUCGUUUUCCUCCUGAAUUUGGUGUGUUUUUGGUGAAUAUAAUCAUCACCAACAUGUACGUGUAGCAUCUACGUCAAUUUUGGUGUGGAAUUGCAAUUUUGUAGAAAAUUUAGAGGUGUUUGUGCGGUGCCAUGAUGAAGCUGGGACUGAAAUCACGGUCGCGGAGAGUGGUGCAGGACAGCUCAAUGGCGGUGGAGAAUAAAAGCGAAUCGGAAGAAAAGUGCAGUUAUUUUAGGUGGGCUAGUUUGCCGCCGGAGUUAUUGAGGGAAGUACUGAUGAAAUUGGAGGAAUCGGAGUCCAAGUGGCCGGCGAGGAAACACGUAGUGGCUUGUGCGGGUGUGUGUAAGAGCUGGAGGGAAGUCAUGAAGGAGGUCGUCAAGACUCCAGAAGCUUCUGGAAUGAUCACGUUUCCUAUAUCUGUGAAGCAGCCUGGCCCACGAGAAUCUCUUAUGCAAUGCUUUAUAAGAAGAAAUCGAUCAAAUCAAACAUAUUAUCUUUUUAUGGGCUUAAGUCAAGCACUUGCUGAUGAUGGCAAGUUUCUUCUUUCUGCUCGCAAGUGUAGGCGGCCGACACGUACAGAUUACAUGAUCUCUCUACAUGCAGAUGAUACUUCAAAGGGAAGUGAGACUUAUGUAGGAAAAUUAAGAUCCAAUUUUCUCGGAACGAAGUUUGUCGUCUUUGAUGCUCUUCCUCCCCAUUCUGGAGCCAAGAUGGCAAAAAGCUGGUCCACCCGCAUGGUCGGCUCAAAACAGAUUUCGCCUAAGCCUCCUGCCGGCAACUACACAGUAGCUCACAUCUCGUAUGAGUUGAAUGGGUUGGGAUCCAGAUGUCCAAGAAGAAUGCAUUGUGUCAUCGAUGCAAUCCCAGUGUCUGCCAUUAAACCCGGAGGCAUUGCUUCAACGCAGACAUAUUUGCCUCUAACUAGCAUUGACUCGUCUCCUGCUCUCCCGUUCUUCCGCCUACACUCAAACAGUAUCGAAAAAUCCUUGCCUGGCUCGGUGAGCAACCAUGCUGACACCCCCCUCAUCUUAAGAAACAAGGCACCACGAUGGCACGAGCAGCUUCAGUGCUGGUGCUUGAACUUCCACGGCCGCGUCACUGUCGCAUCAGUGAAGAAUUUCCAGCUGGUUGCUUCCCCAGAGAAUGGCGUGGCCGGACCAGAACACGAGAAGGUCAUUCUUCAGUUCGGGAAGGUGGGGAAAGAUGUCUUUACGAUGGACUAUCGCUACCCUCUAUCGGCCUUCCAGGCGUUCGCCAUCUGCCUCAGCAGCUUCGACACGAAAAUCGCAUGUGAGUAGUACUAGUUUGGAGUGGUUGAGAAUUAGAAUGAUGUUUAAAUAAAGGCAUAUGAUUCUUAACCACCUUUGUUGGAUCAAAUAGAAUGUAAUGUAAAUAUUAUUGUUUUUGUAUGUUAAAUCAAUCCUUUUCGGUA